AGUUAACCAUCUUGAACCCAGCUCUCUUUCAUGUUGGGGAAGUAUUUCUUGCAAAGUCAAUCGAUUCAAGACGUCUCAGGAAAGCAUUCACAGAAGACCUCUGGCCUUUCUAAAGAGCAUUUGUGGCUGGAUUUUGGAGCGAAGACAAUGCAUCUUGUGCUGGUGUGUUUGCUGCUGGGGCUGUUGGAGGAGGUUUCUGGAGCUCCAGAUGCUGAUGAGAUCAAAUAUCUGCCUGGACUUUCAAAGCAGCCCAGCUUCAAGCAUUAUUCUGGAUACUUCAAUGUGGCAGAUAACAAACACCUUCACUACUGGUUUGUUGAGUCUGAGAAAGAUCCGGCCAAGAGUCCGGUUGUUCUGUGGCUCAACGGAGGACCGGGAUGCAGCUCCUUGGAUGGUUUGCUCACAGAACACGGACCUUUCCUGAUCCAAGAUGACGGUGCAACUUUAGAAUAUAAUCCUUAUGCAUGGAACAAGAUUGCAAAUGUCUUAUACCUGGAGUCACCAGCAGGUGUCGGCUUCUCCUACUCUGAUGACAAGAAGUACACUACCAAUGACACAGAGGUGGCCACAAACAACUACUUGGCCUUGAAAGAGUUUUUCAGGUUGUUUCCGGAGUUCAGCAAGAAUGAGUUUUUCCUGACCGGCGAGAGUUACGGAGGCAUUUACAUCCCAACGCUUGCUGAGGUCGUGAUGGAGGACAGCAGCAUUAAUUUACAGGGGAUUGCUGUAGGAAACGGCUUGUCCAGUUAUGAACUAAAUGACAACUCACUGAUCUAUUUUGCGUACUAUCAUGGACUUCUAGGGAGCAGCUUGUGGAAUGACCUGCAGACUUUUUGCUGCAAAGAUGGAGUGUGUAACUUCUACGAUAACCAGGAUGUGAACUGCUCAACUUCUGUCUAUGCAGCUCAAAAUAUAGUCUACAAUUCAGGACUCAACAUGUAUAACCUGUAUGCACCCUGUGCCGGGGGAGUUCAGCAGAGAUACGGCUUUGAAAACGGCCAGUUUGUGAUCCGAGACCUGGGCCACCACUUCCUCAACCAUCCAUGGUCCAAAGCACAGAACGAGAAAUGGCGAGGUGUGGUGUCCCUGUUAGAGUCCUCCAGGCUGGAUCCUCCGUGUACCAACUCGACUCCGUCCACCCUGUACCUCAACAACCCGCUGGUGAAGACUGCUCUGCACAUCUCACCCAAGGCUUUGGACUGGGUCAUCUGCAGUGCUGAAGUCAAUCUGAACUAUAACCGGCUGUUCAUGGACGUGAAGAAACAGUACCUGAAGCUUCUCGGAGCACUGAAAUACCGUGUGUUGGUGUAUAAUGGAGAUGUGGACAUGGCAUGCAACUUCCUAGGAGACGAAUGGUUUGUGGAGUCACUCCAGCAAGAGGUUCAGGUGCAGCGCAGAUCUUGGCUUUAUUUCAACGGUGAAACUCAGCAGAUCGGUGGUUUUGUAAAGGAAUUCACGCACAUCGCUUUCCUCACAGUGAAGGGUUCGGGUCACAUGGUUCCCACUGACAAACCCAUAGCGGCCUUCACCAUGUUCAGUCGCUUCAUCACCAAACAACCUUACUAGAACACACUCAGGGAUUUUUACUGCUUUUAAAUAUUGAUUUGUACUGUCACACUGGUAAAAUGUUUCUGAUGUAUGGACCACUGACUGUUUUCUGCCACUUUGCCACUCCAAACUGAUCAUGCAUUUAUAUAGUUUAGUCGCCAGCCUGUGAACUAAAGUCAUGCUGACUGUACAUAAGGAUGUUUCAUCAUAUGCGUUUAAGUUUAAGAGAUGCACAGAUGUCUAUAUUCCUCCGUCGAUCUUUGAUUGUGAUUGAUUUAGUAGUGAGAGAUGCUGAGUUUUUUAUGAAAUGAAAUUCAAUCCGAUCAGCAGUGAGUGUUCAUUGCACAAUUUUAAUUUAUGUCUUCUCUAUUAAACAUGAAACUGUAGCUUUUAUUAAUCAUCGCACAGAUUAUUUCAGGUAUUAAUACCUCACUGUGAUAACUAGACGUUUGUUGAAGUGUCACUGAGUUGCUCGUGUGAUUGUGCUUUAAAGUGAGCUUUGGUACUUUUUGUGCUCCUAAGGGAAUCAUUUUGUGCCUUUUUACCCCCAAAUUUGUUUUUUAAUUAAAGAAAUUUUCUAUGAUUU